AUGAUCUCCCAGGGAGAAGGAGAACGUGAAAGUGAACUAAUAUUAGAUAAAGAGCAAAACAGAUUUUUGAUCAACAACGAUAACAAAGAAGAAACUGAAGAUCUUAAUACAGGAGAGUGGCUGAACCUGAGCCUAGGUAGGAAUUUGCUCUCAACAGAGGGAGACACAGACUCACAGUCAAGACCAGCUUCUGGCAAGGUGUUUUCUUGUAACUUCUGCAUGAGGAAGUUCUUCAGCUCGCAGGCAUUAGGGGGUCACCAGAACGCCCACAAGAGAGAAAGAGGUGCAGCCAGAAGAUACCAGUCUCAAAGAAUGAUGUCAAUGAUGGGAUUUCCGUUCACUACUUCUACAGUUAGAUCACUCAGCGUUCAGCCCCACGCACUUGUGCACAAGCCAAGCAGAGAUGAAACUUCACUUGUAGCAAGAUUCAAUGAUGCAAAUACAAGGUUUAGCAUGAGGCCUUUCACACUGGACGAUGUAAUGGAUUCUAUGUGGCCAGGCAGCUUCCGGUUGGAUUCACAAGUAUUAGAGCCACAAUCAGAGCCAUGCAAGCUUGACUUAAACCUUCGGCUCUGA